AUGAGGCCAGCUAUCGAUGGAGUCACCAGACCUGGAGUGGCGAUUGGUUGCGGAGGGGGAGCCAUGGGCUGCGCCACCUCCAGUCGAGCCGCUUCUGGCUGUUCUGGAACCAAUUCAGCUGGCCCUGUGGGAUCUUGCAGUCUUGAACUCAUGGUUAACGGUGCAAACACCUGUGGCGGAUGCGGGACCUCAGCUGGAAUCGGUGGUGUCGGUGCCCGGCUCAUGGUUGCCCCCGUAUCCUCGGCAAAGGAAGUUAUCAGCUUUGCCUCUUCUAGCUCCCUCUGCGCCCUGCGCAGCCUCCUUUGCAUGCUCUCCAAGUUUCCUCUUCUCCUCGACCACGGCUGUCUGCAGUGCGGUGAGCUCCACCUGGCGGCCUUUCGGCGAGCGUCGCGAGCUCUGGCUGCCAUACGUAUAGGUAUAAGAGGAGGUGAUGGUCCUCUGCUUUACUACGCGGCCCUCACCUCUGGUCGUGACUGUGGAGAAGAAGCUUCUUGUGGGGGUAUUUCAGACACUGGAGGGUCAGGAGCUGCUGAAAGAGGACGUGUUCCAGAUGUCUGGGUGUCAAGAGUGGGCACACGGGUAGUCCGUCCAUCUUUGGCAGAGAAGCCAUAUCGGGCUGGUGGGUGCCUCUCUCGCACAGGUCUGGAAGAGGCCUCCAGUGCAGAUGGAUUUGAAAUCUUAAAAGACCAGAGCAGCAUCUUGGAGAGGUGGGCAGACCAUUUUAACACCUUGCUAAAUGAGGACUCACAAGCUGACUGUACCAUACUGGAGGACAUACCAUCACGUCCAACCCUCAGCCACUUAUAUCAAACCCCAACAUUUGAAGAAGUCCUAUCUGCAAUGCAAUCUUUAAGAAAUAACAAGUCCCCUGGCCCAGAUAACAUUCAAGCAGAGUUGCUCAAACAAGGAGGUUACCUCUGUCUCCGUGCAUUACAUAAUCUCAUCAUUAAGGUUUGGACUGAUGAAAACAUUCCACAGCAAUGGAGGGAUGCAAAUAUUGUCACCAUAUAUAAAAACAAAGGUGAAAAAGCAGACUGUGGAAAUCACAGGGGUCCUUGCAAAACAAUGCAGCGAAGAUUAACUGAUUACAUCACAGAAGAAAUGCUACCUGAAUCGCAGUGUGGUUUUCGAAAAAACAGGAGCACAGUUGACAUGGUCUUCACAGCCCGGCAACUUCAGGAAAAGUGCAGGGAGCAACAUCAAGAUCUGUACAUGGCAUUUCUGGAUCUCUCGAAGGCAUUUGAUACUGUGCAUAGAAACUUACUAUGGGGCAUUUUACUCCAGUUUGGAUGUCCAAUUAGGUUUGUGUCCCUUUUAAGGCAGUUCCAUGAUAACAUGGCUGUCAGAGUCACAGUAAGUGGACAAGAAUCUCCACCCUUCUCUGUACGUACUGGUGUCAGGCAAGGCUGUGUAUUAGCACCUGUGCUGUUCAACAUCUUCUUAUUAUGCGUCACCCAGCUACUACACAAGGAGAUGGAAGACAACAGUGCCAAGAAUCCAAGCGGAUCAAAUAAGCUGUUAAUUGUGGACAGAACGCCUCUGCGUGUAAACGGCUUCUGGGACUCAGGAAUGGUGAAUGUGAAGGUGUCCUUAGUCAUGUCCCAAGCAACACCUAGACUGCGCUGGACAGGGGAAGGACCGGAGGACAUCAUCGACGUAGAAGUCAGUCUUGAUGAACUCACGGACGUCACUGCCGAAGCUGCUCUAGCCUUAGCUGCUUCUGCAUUUGCCCGUGCCUGCGCAGCUGCCAAGCCAAUUGCUGAAGCCCGUGAGCCUUUGGUUUCGAUAUCGGCAGUGAUCUGGAUGGUCUGGUCCAGGGAAAUCGACCGUGACGGCAACACUGGUUUGCUAUGGGGAAGGAGCAGAGUGGAUAUCAACAGCAGAAACAUCCACUGUGAAAGACUCCUCUUCAGAUUUUAUGCUAUCUCUGCCGACAAGUAA